AUGCGGCCACGCCCUCCGACCAUUCACCCUCCACCUUACUUCAAGUCGACUUCCACCCCUUCACCUCGCAUGGUACAGGUUUCCUCUAACAUGACAUCUCCAACUUCGCCUACCCGGUCGGUCCACCACUGUAUACGGAAGUAUGACCCAUCAUCUGAGGCAUACUCAAGCCACUACGAUAGCGACGACAUCCAAGCAGCAAACAUCCUAAUGUCGAUGCGCCACGCGGAUCAAACCUCAGCUGGCAACUAUGCACAGCACUCGCAUUGUAAGUGCACUCCCAGUACCGUGAACGAGUCAUCAGACGAGCAAUCAGUUUUCACCCGUUCAUUCAGUUGCUCCACGGCGGUCUCUAGCAACUUAGCAACCCCUACCCCACAAGCGGCGACGAAGCGCAAAGCUCCACCAAAGAAGAACGCUAAAGCUGCUUCGAAUACGAAGAAGGGCAAGACUACUGCGAAAGAGAACAAGACUCGUCGUCAAAAGGAACGCCGUGGAGAGAAGAAAGCCGGCGUCUACGGCUCGACUCGCCUGCGGGCUAAUAUGAAUAGUCGAAAAUACUCACUAGAGGACGACAAAUUCAUACGUCGCUGCUACACAGAGUAUGCUGCUCGCACCAAUGGCGGCCGCAUCCCACCUAAGGAACUGGUCGAACUCUACAACAACCAAUUUCCCGAGAAGGAGCGGGGUCAAUCGGGCCUCUCAACUUAUAUUCAGAGAUCAAAGCAACUCAGAGCGAUCAGGAACGGAUUCAAGAUAGUGAAGCGAUAG